GGUUUGGAUCGAACUGCAGCAGCUUCCGCUCUCUGGCGUCACACACAUGUAGCACAACAUGGCCCCUGCCAGCCGGGCUGUUGUGGUAGCGCUCUCACUGCUGUAUUUGUGCCGGGUGAUCUUCUCCUCCGAGUAUUUCUCUACUCUCACUUUGUUCAACAAUGAGCUCCACAAGCAGGGAUGCAGCUCGCUGUCCGAGUGGGAAGAGUACGCGGCUGACUGCGAGUCCUCCAUUUUACAGUUGGAAGACCCAGACUGUGAAGAGGGAAGCAACCCGCCUUGCGAAUCAGUCUUCUCACUUAACGCAGAAAAGAUCUUGAACCAGGCUAAGUUGUUUAUAGAACAGAAAAAAAUCCCCUUCCCUGUAGAUAACCACAACACGAACGAAGAACUUGCUAUAGGCUACGUUCUGAUAGGCAACGGUCUUUAUGAUGAAGCCAUCAAGCACUUCUCACUCUUAUUACAGGGCGACCCAGAGCUGGUCAGUGCCAUCUAUGGGAGAGGGAUAGCUUAUGGGAAGAAAAGUCUACAGGACAUAAAGAAUGCUGACUUGGCGUUGUACGAGCUCAACAGAGUCAUCACCCUGGAGCCGAGCUGGCCAGAGGUCUACGAGCAGAGAGCAGAGAUCCUGUCUCCUCUGGGUCGUAUCAGCGAGGCUCUAGGUGAUCUGACCAAAGCCAUCCAGCUGCAGCCCUCAGCCCGGCUCUACAGACACAGAGGAACACUGCUCUUCAUUUCCGAGGACUAUGUGGCAGCUAUGGAAGACUUCCAGCAGUCUUUAGAGCUUAAGAAGAAUCAGCCUAUCGCCAUGCUGUAUAAAGGCCUCACCUUCUUCCACAGAGGCAUGCUCAAGGAAGCCAUUGAGACAUUCAAAGAGGCGCUGAAGUUAAAGUCUGAUUUCAUCGAUGCCUAUAAGAGCCUUGGACAGGCCUACAGAGAGCUGGGUGAUUUUGAGUCAGCGAUGGAGAGCUUCCAGAAAGCCCUCAUGUUGAACCAGAACCACAUCCAGUCUCUCCAGCUCCGAGGCAUGAUGCUGUACCACCACGGCUCGCUGCAGGAGGCCAUAGGCAACUUCAAGAGGUGUCUUCAGUUGGAGCCCUACAACGAGGUGUGUCAGUACAUGAAGGGGCUGAGCCACGUGGCGAUGGGACAGUUCUACGAGGGCAUCAAAGCUCAGACUAAAGUCAUGUUGAACGACCCUCUGCUAGGACAGAAGGCCAGCUCCGAAUACCUCAAAGUGAAAUACCUCAGAGAGUACUCUCGCUACCUGCACUCCCACCUUGACAUCCCAGUAGCAGAGUACAACGUGGACCAGGACUUACCAGGGAACUUUAAAAACCACUGGGCCAAGAACCUGCCUUUUCUAAUAGAAGACUAUGAGGAGCAGCCCGGCCUGCAGCCACAUAUAAAGGACGUGCUGCCGCAGAACUUUGACAGCUACAGCAGUGACGUUCAGAAGCUGAUCUGCACAGCCGACCACCUGGGGGCGCUAAUGCAAUACGACACUCCUGGUUUCUUACCUAACAGAAGAAUACACAGAGCCAUGGGUUUAGCGACGCUGGAGGUGAUGCAGGCCAUGCAUCGAACAUGGAGCAACUCCAAAGUGCGAGUCAACGGCAAGACCAGGCAAAUGCAGUGGAGAGACAUGUUCGACAUAGCUGUUAAAUGGAGGAGGAUCGCGGAUCCAGACCAGCCAGUUCUGUGGUUAGACCAGAUGCCCGCCAGGAGUCUGAGUCGAGGCUUCAACAAUCACAUCAAUCUGAUCAGGGGACAGAUUAUCAACAUCAGAUACCUGGCCUACUUUGACAACAUCCUCGACUUCAUUAAAGACAGAAUACUGGUGUAUCAUGGGGCGUACAACCCCCGAGGACUGUUAGAGGUCCGUCAGGCUCUUGAAAAUGUGAAUAAAGUAGAAGAUCUGCUUCCUAUAAUGAAGCAGUUCAAUAGUAAAACCAGAGAUGGCUUCACGGUCAACUCCAAGGUGCCGAGCAUGAAGGAUCUCGGAAAAGAGUACGACGGUUUUACCAUCACCAUCACUGGAGACAGGGUGGGCAACAUGUUAUUCUCAGUGGAGACUCAGACGACAGAAGAGCGGACGCAGCAGUACCAGUCAGAGAUAGAGUCCAUCUACAAAGACCUCACCGCCAAAGGAAAGGCGUUAAUGCUGUCCACUGAGCUAGGGGAUGCAGACGCCGUGUGUAACCUGAUCCUCUCUUUGGUUUAUUACUUCUGCAACCUCAUGCCCCUCUCCAGAGGAUCCAGUGUGGUGGCCUACUCAGUCGUGAUGGGGGCGCUGAUGGCCAGUGGGAAAGAGGUCAUCGGCAGGAUCCCGAAAGGAAAGCUGGUGGAUUUUGAGUCCAUGACCACACCCAGUCCAGACAGCUUCAGUAAAACAGCAAAGCACUGGAUGAAUCUCAAAAGUUUACCAAGUUGGUACCAGAGUCUUCCGUCCGUAGCGGAGACCUUCCCGUCCACCAGAACGAUGAUCGAGGUUCUCAACACAGACUCGUCUUCACACUGUCCAAAGAAGUCCUAACACAACUUCUAAACAGGAGAGAAGUCUGUUUAUUUUAAGUCUUAAUGAUGGAGCUUCUACACUGGGCAGAACAAAGGGGCCCGUCUUCUUCUGCAACCCAAACUAAACUGGACCGAGUUCUCCAGAAGCAUCUUAGCUUCAAUGCCUACAUUUUAAAUUCAUAGUGUUACUUGACACAUUUGGGAAGCAGGUCUCUUGGUCCAGGGUAGAACUGAGGUGAUAUUUUACAAUUU